UAUACAUUCUGUACUUUGAUGUGGAGAAAGACAAAAAAGCAAAGAUGGUUCUUCUAAUGGGCAUGUGGUUCACUGUUGUGAUUUUUCUCCUCGGUAUUCCAGGAGAUCACUGUGCCCAGAUCAUUGGAGGAAAAGUAUCAGCUGCACAUUCAAGACCUUUUAUGGCCAUGAUCAGAGGCUCACUGGAAUUUUGUGGGGGGACCCUGAUCAAACGAAACUGGGUAUUAACAGCAGCUCACUGCCAAAUACAAAAUGGAGAUGAAGUUUUUCUUGGAAUUAAUUCAGCAAGAGACAUGCCAAAACAAGUUUUCAAAGUUUCUAAGAUAGUUCGUCAUAAGGACUAUAAUAGUGUCACAAAGGAGAAUGACAUUAUGCUUCUACAGCUUAAAGAAAAAGCAAAACUUAACAGGAAUGUUACAAUCGUCAAGCUUCCUAAGAAGUAUGGUGACCUCGAGGCAAGAACACAGUGUCUGGUAGCUGGUUGGGGGCGUACUGAAAGUCGAAAACUAUCAGAUGUCCUCCGUGAAGUUAAUGUCACUGUCAUUGCAAGAAACAUCUGCAAUGAUAAAAAUCACUAUAAUUCCAAACCAAUAGUGACAAUGAAUAUGGUCUGUGCUGGUGAUGAGAGCGGAGGCAAGGAUGCAUGUACUGGUGAUUCUGGUGGUCCUUUGAUUUGCAAUGGGGUACAAAGAGGCAUCGUUUCCUUUGGUAUAGGAUGUGGAAAGUCUCAGUAUCCUGGUGUCUACACCCUUCUGACAAAGGAAUAUUCUCAUUGGAUACAUAGUGUUAUAAAACGCAAUUAAUAGAAUUAUCAUUUGACAUUGACAGUCUUUUCUAUUAUAUUCAUUCAUUAUAACUCCUUUAAGACAAUCUUUUCCAGACUUUUCCGUCCAGAUGUAUUUGACUAGGCACACCAUACUUAGCCAACACAAAAUCAUUGAGCCUGCCAGCUAAAAGUAACAGCAAUUUCAGGUAAAUUCAUUUAGAGGGUAACUGAUCAGUUUGGGUAUUUAGGUUUUCUAUUUAAAUGCAAUUUUUUAAACUAAGUUUUCUUUUCCUUUAUAAAAGCUAAGCACAAGUUUUUAGAAAUUAUUUCUCUUUAUUUUUCUCUCUGUGUGUACACUUACUCUGCUAGAUAAAGUUAUUGCAAAUGAAAUGAAAUUAUUUCC